ACCCAUUAGUGCUCAUCAUUACGUCAAUCAAUAUACUUGGCACUGACAUGGAGCGAUUUUUGCGCUAUUCUAUUCUGUUUCUUUGCAAUUGGCUGCUGGGCUCUUGCGCUGAGGUAAAAAUUGUAGAAGACGGACCGAAGAAAGCGUUCAAUAUAGUGAUUUUUUUCACGCAUGUGGAUGGAAAAUGCUCACAUCUUCAGCAGGACACUUUGGAGUUUCUCGGCCUUCAUCAAGCCACCAGAGUGAAGCUGAGUGCCGCUGAGCCACAAAACACAUUCCAAGAUGAGGAAACCGGUUCGGAAUUCUGCAGGGAUUUUUUGAAGGACAGCCUGAUGUCCCUCACUCACUUUUGCCACACUGUGAUGAAGAUGAAGACUGCUAUAGCUUCAGUGUCCAGCAAGGAAAUGAUGAACGACAUCCAAGAGCCGGAGGCUCCCUUCCAUGCAAGGUCGAGCAGAUCUGAAAAUUCUCAGCCUGCAUGGUUGAGUGUUGAGAGGCCUGCGGCCAAACCUCCUCAAUGGGAGGCGGAGGACUUAACAGCCAACGCCAAGAACAUCAUUACUGGCACUCAACAUACGGAGGUGUUCCAGAUCAGAGUCCGGAGGAACGUGGAGGAGGAACCUGCAGAGGGGAAGCGGAUUCAUGUUAAAGUGAUAGACGAUUAUCCUCAGGAGAGAACGUCCUCGCAUCCAUGGGACGUCUUGGACAUAAUGAAGCAUGUGCGGUACUCGUUUCUUGGAGAUUUGUUUGACGAUGGUAAUUUUCCCGGAGCUUGAAACUGGCGAGUUUUUCAGGCUUUUGGAGCUAUUUUUUUCAAAAUUUUGGCACCAGAGCCUGACUUUUUCUUUCCGGUUUAGGAAAAAUGCGUUCAGGAAACUUGGCUUGCACGAUUUGAAGUCAAAUAUUGCACAUUUUCGCUAAUUUUUUGCUUAUAGAAGAGAUUUUGCUCUAUCGGUUGCUACACUCGGCUUUGUUCUGUUUCUA